UUUGAAACGAAAGAUGUUGCAAAAUUGUAAAUUUUGUUGCGUUGAACACCCUUCACAUGAAAAAAUAUGAGAAAUGUCUGCAAAUAUUCCAGAUUUUGAAGAACUUACAUCUGAAAGUGACUAUAGCUUAUUGCGACAAGAUUCUGUAACCGAAAGAGAUGAACUCGCAUUAGCUCAAGCUGCUAUAUUCAUAGAAGAUGCAUUUAAAUACCGAUCAAUUCAUCACAAAAUUGAUGCAAGAUCCCUACGAUUAUACCGAAUAUAUUAUUCAAAUUCAUUUCAAUGGAGUCUGAGUGUUGUCAUUUUUACCAACUUAUGUCUGGCAUUUGUGGAACCACCGUCAUCUCUGUCGUGGUCAUCUGACCCACGACAUAAUUUUGACAACCAAAGGGUGAACGUUCCAUGUGGUGUCACGGAGAGCAUCGAAUUUGCUUGUUUGAUCUUUUACGUUGUUGAUCUUAGUCUCAAGAUGAUUUUGUUCGGCAAAAGGCAAGUCCAAAAGAGCAAGUGGCUCUGGGGUUACGUGUUCGUUUUGGUGUUUUCCCUCGUUGAUUGGUUGGUCACCAUAAAUUACGGUUGUAACGAGAGAUAUCGAAUUCGUCGUAUUUUGAGACCAUAUUUUCUUCUGCAAAGUUCCUCUCUAAUGAAGAAGACUGUUAGGGCCAUUAGUAGGACAGUCCCACAGAUAUUAAGUGUAUUUUUUCUGCUGUUUUUACAUCUGGUCAUCUUCACUUUUCUUGGGAUGUUGCUGCUUUCAUCUUCUCAGGUCUCAUUUAAGAAUGGCAUGAUGGCGAAUUUGACCAAUACGACCAAUAGUGGGAAUGCCGUAGUCAAUCGUAGCAAAAUUCUUGAUGUACGACACCAUAGUUACCUUGGCAGUCAUUUUGUUGAUUGUUUGAUGAAACUUCUCGUUCUUUUAACCACGGCCAACAAUCCUGACGUAAUGAUGCCCGCAUAUAAACACAACAGAUUGUACGCUGUGUAUUUUAUUAUUUUUACCUUUAUUGGAUUAUAUUGCUUUAUGAAUCUUCUACUAGCAGUUGUGUACUCGCAGUUCCAAGGUUAUCUGAAGAAUUCACUACAGUCGAGCUAUUUCCGCUUGCGAACCGGUGUUCGUGCUGCGUUUGAAGUUUUGAGGGAGAGAUCCUUUGAACAUGUUGCUAGUUCUUCGAUGGAAAGCAGUACCGUAUCCACUUUGCUCACGCGACGGUUGAUCCAAAGGGUGGACUUUGGGCGCAAAAACAUCGACGUUAUAUGGGACAUUUUAGAUCGCAAUCGUCGCGGUGAGCUGACUGCCAAACAGUUUCAAGAUUUAUUUGAUUCGGUCACAGGACAGCGAAGGACCCAGCAUCCACCGCUGAGUCGUUGCACGAAUCGCCAUCUUCGUUUACUGCAGAAAAUCGUUAUACACAACUUCUUCAACUACUUUGGUCUUGUGGUUGUCGUGAUAAAUGUUGUUAUUAUAUUUGUGGAGCUUUCCCGGCAUUUUGGACGAAAUACGUUCGACGUUCACUCCCCUUUGGCUGCUGCGGACUUCUUUUUUAUUGUGUACUACCUUCUAGAACAAAUAGCUCAAAUUAUUGACAUUUCAUUGUACGGUUCGCCAAUGGAAACAAAUUUUCACAAACGAUACGGCAAUAGCGAUAAAUCGACGUGGAACGUCAUAAAGAUUGUCAACGUGCUUAUUAUAUUUCGCCUUGUGAGGACUAUCUUCAGUAUCCAGUCUCUCUCGAUGAUCACAAGCACCCUGGCCUAUCUAUUGAAAAAUUUGAAACCUUUUGGUGGUGUUAUUGUGGCAGUGUACUACUCCUUCGCGAUAUUUGGCAUGAUGAUUUUUGAAAAUGCCAUACCGCCUCCAGCAAAUGGAAACACAACUACUGAAAAGCAAGUAUCAGUAUCGAUUUCAGUUUAUAGACCCGUUUAUACACUUGCUGCGACGUCUAUUUCAUAUAGCUUCAAGUGUGGUACAUACGAAGAACUUGAGUAUUGGGCGAAUAAUUUUAACGAUUUUGCAGCCUCGCUGGUGGUGUUAUGGGAUGCAAUGGUUGUCAAUAACUGGCACAUCUUUUUGCACGCAUAUACACGUUACACAACAAGUUGGUCACAGUUGUUUUUCGUGGCGUGGUAUUUGAUAUCAGUCAUAAUUUGUGUCAAUCUAUUUGUUGCUCUGUUACUGGAUGUAUUCAUUGAUCGUUGGCAAGAAAGACAAGACCCUCAAAGAGCUCGUGGUCAAAAUGUUCCCAGAUCUUUAACUCAGUCUUUCAUGGUCGAAAGGAAAUCGUUUCGUGUUCAUGAAAUGUUUGGCGGCACUUUGAACGAACCUUCGGAGGAAGAUGUGAUGAGAGAGUUGGUCUAUCAUGGUUUUACAUUUCGCUCUAAUCCAACUUUAUUGAGAACAGCUUCCUUAAGUUCUAGUAACUAUAGUUUUUAGUGAUCAUCUUUUUGAGAUUAGGAUUCUGAUUAGGGUUAGGAAUGUUGUAUUUCAGGAGCAUGCAAACUUUCCAGUUACCACGCACCUCCGUGCAUGGAAAUUAUGCACUUACUUGAAUGGAAACGUGCAUGAGCAUGCAUAUUAGCAACAAAACAUGCGCUAUGCUCCAGAGUUGGAAAAAAGCUGCGGGUACGCGGGUACCACUCACAUUUUGAAGACUCUUCACUAAUUUACAUCUCUUAUAGUAGAACUGCAUUGCGACUUGCGAGUUGCACCGUGUAACAGGGCCUUUAAAUCAUCAUGAAAUGAACUUAUGUAAAAUAUUUUUCAAAAAGAAAUUGUAAAUCUAAGACGAAAACUGUCAUAACCACAUUUUUUAACAAAUUUUCCCCUUAUGGGACAAACAUGAAUAAAAUUAUGUAUUGAUUUUUAAUUUCGAGUACCUUUUAAAACCUAGACUGAGCGAGAGCGAUGUACUAAAGCAAUUUAUCGGACAUCAAGAAAACGUUUCAUCCAAAAUACUGGGAUGCACGCAUAGAAUGCUUCAAGCCGAACACUAACGUGCUUUUAGGCAGCAUUUCUACAAUUCUACUCCAUGGGUAACCUGGUUUUGACCAUUGAACUAAAGUUGUAUUAGAGUUUUAGCAACCAUAGCGUUCGUUUUUCGUGCAACUAGCGGCUAAAGAUCACUGAGCUAUAUAAUAAUUCCUGGAGGACUUGCUCCUAAUGUUUUGGGCUAAAAAAGUGAAGCAUGAAACAUAUGGGCCCAAUUGGCAAUGGUAAUUACCACUGACACGGUUCAAUAUUGAGAACGCUCCAACAUUCACUCCCCCCUGUUUUUAAUUUUUUAAAAAACUGUGGCACUUUGUUAUGGCCUUUGCCAAACUUAUAAAACCUCAGUUAAAAAUUGUUAGAAAGCACAGGAAGAACUUAAAGCUAUUUUUGGCAUGUUAGUACAGUUUCACAAUCGAAUCCUGUUUGGCAGGGGCGCUAUUUUUUCCUAACCAAAUUACUAUUUAAUUUAAAAUUCCUCAAAAAGGAUUAGGUCAAAUAAAAAACAAUACAAAAUUAUGUGGUGUUCUACAGGGUGACACGUUUGAAAUUCAAAUUAGCAGCAUAGCGGCUGUAAUGUGACAGAAGUUGCCUAAAAUAUCUCCUGGGUAUACGAAGCAAGUGAAUCAUUAAUUAACAAAAUUUCCCACUUUCCUUCACCCUACCUUGAUAUUGAUAUUGUCAAAUAUGUAAAAAUCUAAAUAACGUAAAUGUUCUGGUUAAUAUAAUUACACCAAUACAUGUACUAUUAUAUUACAGGACGUCCCGAUUGAGUAAGCAUGUGGUGAAGUGAAAGUAAAUAAUUGUAAUAAAUAAUUGUAAAUAAUAAUCGUUGUAUAUACUAAAUAUACUAACUAGACGAGCAUAUGAAAAUAAUUAUAAAAACCAUCCUACACCUGAUUU